AUGACAACAACGAAUAGCAGUGAGUUGUUCCGUGCUUGUCAUGAUGGUGAUGUAGCUACCGUCAAGCGUUUACUUCCUCUUACUUCUCUUGAUGCUUUAAAUAGACUAGAAUCAAAUGGAAGUUCUUGUCUUCAUGUUGCUUGUGAUAAUGGUCAUUUAGAAAUAGUUCGUCUUCUGCUCGACUAUGGAUCAUCUCGUCGAAUAAAAGAUAGAAAGGGUCAUAUCCCUUUAGAUCUAGUAAAAACAAAAGAAAUUUCUGAAUUGUUUCCUCGCCCAGAAGAAGCAGCAGCAGAACGUUAUGGUGUAAAUCCCAUGAAUCAAGUUGAGUGGUUAUUGGACCAAGAUUAUGCUGAAUCACUUGCACGUGCUAUUGCAUGGGGAUGUAUUAAGGAUCGUGGUAUUAAAAAAGCAGUGAAAAAAAUGGAACAGGCUGGUAUAUUAGAUGAUAAUCAAUCGAAAGAAAAUAAAUUAGUUAGAUUUUAUUUAAAUGAAGCAGUAGAAAAAAAUGAUCCAACAUUUUUCUUGAAAAUCUAUACAAUAGAAGGACCGUUCUUUAGUGACUUUAAUCAAUAUAUGGCGGAAGGUAGUAGAAAAAAAGUAUACAAAAAAUUAUGUGGUAAAUGGAGUGGUUAUUACAUCGGUGUUAUUUUGAAAAAUCCUUCACUUGAACGUUAUCAUUUUUCAGGAAUAACCUAUCGAGGUAUGCAAAUAACUCUAAAAGAUCUUGAAAAAUACAAAAUUGGUUUUGCAUUAACAAACAAAGCAUUUCAAUCGACAUCAAAAUUAAGGAAAGUUGCCGUACAUUUUGCACGUCGAGAAAAACCACGAUUAGAAAGCGUCCGUAUUAUUAUUGUUUAUUCGAUUCUUGAUCCAAAAUCAGGACUUGAUAUUUCAUCGAUAUCAGAAUAUCCAGAUGAAGAAGAAGUUCUUAUGGUUCCAGGUACUUGCUUCAAAGUGGUUCAUGUUGAUAAAAAUGGACCAGAAUAUGAAGCUCACCUUCGACAAUUAGUAUGGACUGAUGAAUAG